AUGUCGCAACGCCUCACGAAAUAUUUUGUGCCCGCCACAGGUAUCGACAGAGAGGUCAUCACGACUGACAUCUGUCGGUACUUGGGCAACGAUGCGCUCGUGAAACCCGGGCAGCACAAGAACAGCAAAGGAGAGCCGAUCGCUGGCUACUUCAUCACCGCAUACCGUGCUCUCACAACGGAUCAAUUGACCGACAUCAAGGCCGACUCUGCAAGAUGGGGAGCAGAGCGGGCGAAAAACCAGACCAACAGGGGAUCACAGGGUGGAGGUAUCUCACCAUUGCGAGGUUCGGACGUAGGUGUUCGGUCUUCUAACAUUACACCAGACGUCGGGUACCGUUCGUCACUUACCCGGGCCCGGCAGCAGCAGCCGCCGUGGGACGAUGCCCCUCAACUCCAAGGAGGGGGAUAUUCCAUUUCAUCGCCGCAGCAGCAGCCAAACCAGGCAGGAGGAAGAUAUGAUGGCUACUCAGGUCAGCCGCAGCAGCCGCUGCAACCCUAUGGAGGACAGCCGGAAUACAAUCCCAAUCCAAACUACUCAUAUGGGACGCCCGUCCAGUAUGGUCUUUCACAAGCACCUUCCCAACCACCACAGACAGGAUACGCACCGCCCAACCCUAGGUACGGGGAGGGCAGAGGUAUGAACCAGGGCUACCAGCCUGACAACCGCGCGCCUCCACAGGGAUACUUCGACCAGCCACCGAUCAUGCCUCAAGGUCGGGGACAGCCAGUUCCUCCACCGCAGCAGUACCAGCAGCGCGACAGUUUACCAGGCCAGGAUCCCUACAACUACAACGGCGGCCGUGGUCCUCAAGAAGACCAAAACAUGGAGUAUGAUGGAUAUGAGGAAGAGUUCUCGGACCAGUCGAACCAGGCGCCGAAGCCGACCAGCUCGGGGCAGUCAAGGCAUCGCAGCGAGAGGAGCGACAGAGAUCCGGAGAGGCGCGCCGACAGACAUCCUGGGAAACAUCGCCGUUAG